AUGGCGGCACAGACGGCAGUACCUGGUUGUCCCCGCCAUCAGGGGAUGGGAUUUGUUUAUGUCUGUAAAUCGUGUAACGAUCAGUUGAUUUGUGUGGAGUGUGUUACAGACAUUCACAAUGGCCACACAUUUGGGAAACUUACUGAAUACGUGACGAGCCAGAAACGGGAAAUACAACAGUAUAUUGACAAACUCUCCAAGGUCGACAUUCCGAAAGUUGAGGAAGAUAUUCGGGAGAAUGAGACAAACGGAGUACAAUAUCAGGCAGUUAUCAGAGACAUUAAACGUCAGGGGGAAAAAAUGAAAGACGAUAUCGACAAGAAUAUCGAUAUGUUUGUGAACAUAUGUACCGAGUUGGAAAAAUUAAAUGCGACUAUUUCUGAGAAAAAUAAAGCAGAAUUACACGGAUAUCUUAGAGAAGACUUGAAACCGAAACUUGAUAGAUGUCAACAAAUACUGGCAUCAGGGAUAACAGCUGACGUCACAACGUUAGUGCAGGAAAUCAGGAAUACCUCCACUGCUCCACCUAUUCACGGUAGAUUACACACAGUGGAAUUCAAACCCGGAAGCAUAUCUACUGAACUGCUGGAACAUAUGUUCGGUAAGAUACUAGUCGACGGAGAGGAUCAGUCGUACAAACCGAUUCCGACCCCCGUGGUUCUUGACGAGUUUACACCAUCAUUUCCUUACGAUGUAUGUCGUACAGGUCUUACUGGUGACGAGGCGUGGUUAUCGUACUGGGAUAGUGAUAGUGUGUACCGAGUGGAUACUGAAGGCACAGUGAAGGAGAAGAUCGAUUGUAAGGUCAAUGUCCAAUCGAUAUCUGUAUCCCAGACCACGGGCAGGGUGUGGUUCUGUGUGCUUGAUGACAGAAGUAUCCGGGAAAUCACGACAGGUGGUGAUAUUGUUAAACGAUUUUACGUCACCGACACGCCACUUUCUCUUGGUAUCACCAGUGAUGACAUGGUAGUGGUGGGGAUGAAGGGAGGAAUACAACUUUUCACUACAGACGGACGGGCGGUAUCAUCUAGAGCGGGAGGUCUUUGUAGACAGGUCGCAGUAAUGCCUCAUCACAUGACGUCAUGUAAACAGACCGGUGACGUAGCUGUUUUUGACAAUGAUGGCAUGUCGUAUGACGACUACAUGGCGGAUAAGGAACCAGACAAACAAAUGUACGUCAUCGUGAUGGAUAAACACCUCAACCUAAAGUUUCACUGUAAAGACUUCAGUACGGCCAACCCAAACCGAAGUUCUACUCAGUCAUCAAAGUUUUAUCCGUACGAUGUUUGUUUUGACGGAGCUGGUGAUAUCCUUGUAGCGGAAUUGAUCACCAAGUCAGUACUACUGAUUGACAGGAACACUGGACGCUGUAAGAGAGCUGUUUAUACAUCUGACAAAAGUACACCUUGGUGUAUCAGUCUACACGAGGACGGUACCUUCUGGAUCGGACACUGGAACAACAGAAUGAAGAUACUACAAUACAAAUAA